UAAGUAGACCACAAGAACUAUGGGAGAGCUCCACCCAUCGCACUGGGCUAUCUGUUGUGCUUUAGUAGUGUCUACAGGUUAUUUCAAUUUCAGCUAGAAAAGAAGCUGGUUCGACAAAAGUUGAGUGUUUUUUAAAUUACUAUAAGCUAUAGGCCUACCCUUCAUCUCCGCUAUCGUAACCUCUGACAGAAUAGAGCCUGCCAUUACUUUGCAGCACUGCAUCAAAACGUAUUGAAUUGUAAUUGCCGCUCAAUUUUUAGUAUUGAAAAUAUAACUACACUCUAGGUUCGUGUCACUUGUAGUGUGUGAGUGCAUGUCAUAAUGAAAGGCUGAGCUGUCAGGAAAGCUUUUUAAUCUAUACAUUUUCUUUGCCUGUUGAAUGAUGGUAAAUAAUUUAAAUAAAACAAUAUAGGCUAGCCUGGGAGACUAAGAAUAGACUAAUGGGAGACCUAAGAAGCUCCCAACAUCAAACCAAAAGAAAUAGCAGAAUAGAGAUUCGAAGUUACAGACGUCGCAUAUAAAACCGUCUCCUGCCGUCGCUGGUAUCCGCUCUGUUUAUUCAUCAAUAUAAAUUGAACACCCCAGUUUUGCAUGUAUUUGCCUACGUAAAGCGGUGCGACAAUCAGCUCAAUACACGCCUGGCAGUGACGGACAUGGGGCAGCAGGCGGCGUCCGUCGGGAAUUUAAUAAAUCAGGUGAAGCACUAAAUGGAAACGCGAUUUAACCUGCGUUAAGUACGCUCCCACUUUGCUAUCUUCAGGCACUUUGAGGGCAGCGUGUAGGUUAAGCAUCGCUGUCUGAAUUAUGUUGCCGUCUUUUUGAUGAGUAGUUUCGGAAUGUUCCUGUUCGUCGUAAAUGCCAUGUUAAGGACUAGUCAACUACAUUGAUUGUUUCCGGGGAUGGGAUACUUACGUUUGUAAUCUUUCUUGUGGACUUAGACUGCAUUUCUCAAUUCGUUUGGCAUGUAGGCUUAGUUAGGAUCGGAGUCAGAUACGCAUGGGCUAAGUAUAGGUAAAUUAUUAUGUUUUCACUUAACUUAAGGUGGAGCACAGAGAGUUUGUCAUUAGAUGAUUUCAUAUUUGGCGGCAUCAUAUCAUAUUGGUCCUGUUGAACUUGUAUGUGUUGAUUUACACAUUCUUGAGCCAUACUUCAGUUUACUUCCUCAACAGUGCAGCAUAGCUUUGCGCGCUUGGUUCUGGGCAAAAACUGUGAGAAAAAAUGACUGGUAGCCCUCGACUCCGUAGCAAUACUGCUCCGACGCACAGCCCCACAGAUGAGAAAGACGAUGGGCAGCCCGUUGGCCUAAAGAAGCAGAUCGGCCUUGUCAGCGCAUGUGGAAUUAUUGUCGGUAACAUCAUUGGGUCUGGGAUCUUUGUCAGCCCAAAGGGGGUUUUGGAGAAUGCCAGUUCGGUAGGCCUGUCACUCAUAGUGUGGGCAGUCACUGGCAUCAUCACAGCCAUUGGAGCCCUUUGCUAUGCUGAGCUAGGUGUUACCAUACCCAAGUCAGGUGGUGACUAUUCCUACGUUAAGGACAUAUUUGGCGGAGUUGCAGGGUUUCUGCGGCUAUGGAUUGCAGUGCUGGUGAUCUACCCCACCAACCAGGCAGUCAUCGCCCUCACGUUCUCCAACUACAUCCUGCAGCCACUCUUCCCCUCCUGCCCUCCCCCGGAGAGCAGCCUGCGUCUGCUGGCGGCCGUCUGUCUCUUAUUGCUAACCUGGGUGAACUGCUUCAGUGUGAACUGGGCAACCCGUGUUCAGGAUGUCUUUACUGCCGGGAAGCUGCUAGCCUUGGCCCUUAUUAUCUGCAUGGGACUGGUCCAGAUCUGCAAGGGGGAGUAUUACUGGCUAGAGCCGGUGCAUGCCUUUGAACCUCUGCAGGACUAUAAUGUGGGGAGAAUUGCUUUGGCAUUCCUGCAAGGUUCCUUUGCCUAUGGAGGCUGGAAUUUCCUCAACUAUGUUACAGAGGAGCUUAUUGAUCCAUACAGGAACCUCCCUCGGGCGAUAUACAUCUCCAUCCCUUUGGUGACGUUUGUGUACGUGUUUGCCAACAUUGCGUAUGUCACAGCCAUGAGUCCUCAAGAGCUACUGGACUCCAAUGCCGUGGCUGUGACGUUUGGGCAGAAGUUAUUGGGAGUGAUGUCAUGGAUCAUGCCUAUCGCCGUGGCACUGUCCACAUUCGGAGGGGUCAACGGCUCUCUCUUCACUUCAUCCCGCUUGUUUUUCGCUGGGGCGAGGGAAGGACAUCUACCUAGUUUGCUUGCCAUGAUCCAUAUGGAACGCUGCACCCCAAUCCCAGCAUUACUCUUCACAUGUCUGUCAACACUCCUGAUGCUCUGCACCAGUGAUAUGUACACACUAAUCAAUUACGUUGGCUUCAUAAACUAUUUCUUCUAUGGAGUCACGAUCGCUGGACAGAUUGUACUGCGCUUCACACAACCUGACCUGUGUCGUCCAAUCAAGGUGAGCCUGGUGUGGCCAGUGAUCUAUCUGUUGUUCUGGGCCUUCCUGCUGGUCUUCUCUCUGUACUCUGAGCCUGUUGUGUGUGGCACUGGCGUCGCAAUCAUGAUGACCGGCAUCCCUGUUUAUUUGCUCUGUGUGUACUGGGAGAGCAAACCAAAGUGCUUCAAUUCUGCUAUUGCUGCAGUUACACACUUGAUUCAGAAACACUGCAUGGUUGUCUACCCUUUGGAGGAAGGGAGCAAAGAGGUGGACACUAGCGAUGUGACUGCAAACUUGAAUGGAUCAAGCAGCAAACAGUGAGGCAGACACAGGGUGUGUGUUCGCGCAGGCUGAAGCUGUCAAACACAUGUUCAUAUCACAAGAGGAGAGGUCUGAUGGCUCCCAGAAUCCACUCUGUUGUACUCAAGGGUCAAAGGGCAGUUACCCUGUGUUCUGUUAUCUGUCCCUUUUCCUGAUUGUUUUCAUGCAUAUUUAUAUACCCAUCUCUCUCUCUCUAAAAGGAAUGUUCUUUGCUGAAAGACAUUGUUUAUGGAUGUGGAAUUGUUAAUGUCUACUAUUCAUAAUUAUAUUUACAUCCAUGUUAUUACUUUGGAAUAACUCUUUAUGAGCUUGAGCAACUUGAAUUAACCUUUAAGGUCACAAGAAAGCAUGGCAAAAUGUGCCUUAAAUACUCUCAAUGCAACCCUCUGAGCUGCUGAGUAGAGAAAAGUAUUAUAUGCGUGUAAAAAGAUAUUAUACAAUUGCCUUACCAGAAGAAGUGUUAUUUUAAUGUAUUUGGUAUGUCUGGUCUUAUAUUCCCUUUUUCUAUAAGAGUAUUAAUUGAUAAAAAAAAAGCCUGAAUUUUGAAGAUGGAUUUUCACAGCGCCCUGAGGUACCUACCUAGAAUUGUGUUAAAGUUGGUAGGCCACUAACAUUGUUUUUGUAAACAGGUUAAUUAAAAUGUCCUUAAUAUA